AUGGCUCCCGUUGGUCUCCUGACUAAACUCAGGACUCUGAUCGCAAAGGACUAUGAUGCGCCUGCCAUUUCAACACAGACCGCGGCCUUUCUCUCGGUUUGCCUUACCCUGGUCUAUGUGGUUCCUUUCUAUGUGAACCCCACGACCCGGCCAUCGCCCACCCUGAGUAGAGAUGCGCCGUCGGUAAUCCGGGCCAGAAUUAGAGCAGUGACAUUCUCAUGCACCAUCAGUAGCCUGGUCGUCUUAUGGCUACUCGCUGCCAAAGAAAAUGCCACUUUCUCACGAGCUCUCCACUUCUUGGGAUGGUGGCCUGUCGGUCUCGUGGACAUUUUCCGCAGCUUGCUCCUCACAGCCAUCCUAUUCGCCGGUCCACUGUUUGAGCGUGGUAUUGCUGAAGGCGAAUGGAGAGAGUGGGUUCAGGGAGGCAGAGUUACUGCAUCGCUUCGCAGCUGGAUUGGAUGGAGAAACUAUGUAGCGGGUCCCAUCACCGAGGAGGUCAUGUUCCGCUCAGCCAUCGUUCCCCUUCAUCUCCUUGCCAAGGUUGAUCCUGGCCGCAUCGUAUUUGUGGCUCCUCUCUAUUUCGGCAUUGCUCACGUACACCAUUUCUAUGAAUUUCGUCUCACUCAUCCUGACACAUCGGUCGUCGCUGCUUUAUUGAGAUCAGUCUUUCAGUUCGGCUACACGACGAUUUUUGGCUGGUAUGCCACCUUUGUCUACCUUCGUACUGGGUCUCUUCUGGCAGUUAUCCUCGCCCACACUUUCUGCAACUGGUGCGGAUUGCCUCGAUUGUGGGGAAGAGUAGAGGCGGGCGUACCCAUGGGACCGCCCAUGGUCAAAGGAAAAGGAUCUUCAGACGCGGCAUACGGCCAACUCAGUCUAGGCUGGACCAUUGCAUACUACGUGAUCUUGGUCGCGGGGGCUAUUGGCUUCUUCCAGGCGCUAUGGCCUUUGACAGAUUCGCUGAACGCAUUAGCCAGCUUUUCUGUUACGGCCAAAUGA